AUGGCCGAUAAACUGCGCACUCUCCAACAACUCGAAUCUCUCCAGGCCAAAUACGUGGGCACGGGUCACGCCGACACCACCCGCUACGAAUGGAGCCAGAACAUCGUCCGGGACUCCCUCGCCAGUUAUGUCGGUCACCCUCCUCUGCUUGCCUACAUGGCCCUCGGAUUAGGAGAGAACAAGGAGAUCGAUGAAGAACCGGCUCUCGCAGCGUCCAUGAUGGAUAUACAACUUCUUGAUGGAUUUUUGGCCAGAGUGACCUGGAGCUCAGUUACCGAGAUCGAGGUCGGCAUAUCGUUUAGGCGCGCCUCUGGGCAAGUGAAUCCCAUUUCCAAAGAUUCGGGUCAGGAACGCCGAUAUUCUCUGGGGUUUAAUGACCGAGCAUGA